AUGAUCGCUGCGUUCGAGGAGGCAGAAAACGAUGAAAGCGUCCUUUGUGCAGUUCUAACUGGAGCUGGGCGCUACUUCUGCUCUGGAGCAGAUGUGACGGGAAGGAAAGCUACGUAUUCGGCUGAAGAUCCGCCGCGGGUUCAACAGAUCAAGGCUGUCCUCUCCCAGUACGACCCGUUCGAUGCGAACACUUGGUCAGACGUGAAUAUGUAUGAUGCUUGGAUUAAUUUCUCCAAACCGCUGGUGAUCGCCGUCAACGGCCCGGCCAUCGGCGAAGGAUUUACUACACUGAUGCUUGGGGAUGUGAUCUACGCAGCAGAUUCCGCCUUUUUUUGGGCACCAUUCGCAAGAUUUGGAGUGGUGCCGGAAAUCACUUCCUCGCUCACCCUAGCCCAGAGAGUUGGCCCGAUGAUAGCAUCUGAGAUGGUUUUGUUCUCCAAGAAGAAGACGCCGGAGGAAAUGCAUCGUUGCGGCCUCGUGAACGAAAUCCUGCCCGCAGGAGAAAAGUUCUUGCCGAGCGUCCUGGAGAGGGUGCGCUCGGGGCUUGAGCUCUCUGGCGCUCCCCAGAUACGGCUGAAGGCUUUGAGGAUGAUCAAGGGCCUAAUCAAGAACAAGGCCUGGCGCGAACAGAUGAUGGCCCAAAACCGCCAAGAGCAGGAGAUGAUUCGCACCCGACUCCGCGAUGGGGAUCAAUCAGCCAACCUGAAGUAUUAUCAGGCCCAAAUGCCCAAGAAGAAGUGA